GAUGAUGGCACAGGAGACGUUUCCACCUGCACAGCCAUGGAGGUUGGAUGUGGAGUCUGAACUGCCUCUGGGUGUCCCUCUAAGAGAGUUCUUGUGUCUCCACGUUGUCCUCCUGAUGGAAAACCAGCCAGGGUUCCUGUGGUGCUUGUCCUGAUGAGUUGUUGCUUGGAGAGGUGGUGAAUGAGUGGAGAGAGGCCUGGUGAUGGUUCCCAUGCAGGAGUUGACCUGGAUGUGGUUGUUGCUGCUGCUGCUUCCUUGGGAAAAUGCCUCGAUGGGGAAUUAAGACCCUUCAGUGAUGGGCUGUGGGACCAGCAAGGUGCUUCCCGAGCCCCCCAAAGACGUGCAGCUGGACCUGGUGAAAAAAGUCGAGCCUUACACGGGCUACAAUGACAUCUACAAGCACUUCAUCCGAGGGGACUGUGGGGCUGUCAUCAAGGCUGGCUCUCCCUCCCCUCCCCGCCAGGCCAACCCUUACCCUGGGAACCCCCUCCCUGCCCAGGCGGAGCAGCCCGAGCCCCGCAAGAACAAGGUGGCCAAGUACCGCGCCAAGUUCGACCCCCGCGUGACGGCCAAGUACGACAUCAAGGCUCUGAUUGGCAGAGGGAGCUUCAGCAGGGUGGUGAGGGUGGAGCACAAGGCCACCAAGCAGCCCUACGCCAUCAAGAUGAUCGAGACCAAGUACCGGGAGGGGAGGGAGGUGUGCGAGUCGGAGCUGAGCGUGCUGCGGCGCGUCAGGCACACCAACAUCAUCCAGCUGAUCGAGGUCUUCGAGACCCAGGACCGCGUCUACAUGGUGAUGGAGUUGGCCACCGGGGGGGAGCUCUUCGAUCGGAUCAUUGCCAAAGGGUCCUUCACUGAGAGGGAUGCCACCAGGGUGCUGCAGAUGGUGCUGGAUGGGGUGAAGUACUUGCACACGCUGGGGAUCACCCACCGGGAUCUGAAGCCGGAGAACCUGCUGUACUAUCACCCGGGGACCGACUCCAAGAUCAUGAUCACGGACUUCGGGCUGGCGAGUGCCCGGAAGAAGGGGGAUGAUUGCCUGAUGAAAACCACCUGUGGGACCCCAGAGUACAUCGCCCCCGAGAUCCUGGUCAGGAAGCCCUACACGAACUCUGUGGACAUGUGGGCGCUGGGGGUGAUCUCCUACAUCCUGCUGAGCGGCACCAUGCCCUUCGAGGAUGACAACCGCACCCGCCUGUACCGCCAGAUCCUGAAAGGAAAAUACAGCUACUCAGGAGAGCCCUGGCCCAGCGUGUCCAACCUGGCCAAGGAUUUCAUCGACCGGCUGCUCACGGUGGACCCGGGCGACAGGAUGACAGCCCUGCAGGCCCUCAAGCACCCCUGGGUGGUCAGCAUGGCAGCCUCUUCCUCCAUGAAGAACCUGCACCGCUCCAUCUCCCAAAACCUCCUCAAGAGGGCCUCUUCCCGCUGCCAGAGCACCAAGUCCGCCCAGUCCACCCGCUCCAGCCGCUCCACCAAGUCCAACAAGUCGCGGCGGGUGCGGGAGCGGGAGCUGCGGGAGCUGAACCUGCGCUACCAGCAGCAGUACACGGGCUGAGCGCGGGCCCCGCCGCCCGCCCGCCGCCUCUGCUCUGCCUCCACUCGGCGAGGAGCGUCCAGGUGUCCCAGCCCAUCCCCGAGGAGGUGUCCUCCCCCACCCCGCCCCGCCUGGGGCCCGGGGAGCCUCGUGGUGCUCGUCCCGGUGCCGGGGGGUCUGGCGCAGGUGACAGGGGAGCCCCCGUGGGCUCCAAGCCUCAAGUGAUCCCACAAAUUCAGGAGCCAGGCUGGGGAGGAGAGCUCUUUCUGGAGCCCAGGAGCUUGGUUGUUCAUAGUUAUUUAUUAAUUCCGGAGCGUUAAGUUUCUCUCAUUUGCAUGGGAAGGCCAAAUACCCCCUUUGAGUGGAGGUGCGGGCAGGGAUGCGUGUGGGGAUGGAAAAAUGAGGUGGACCCCCGUGCCCAGCUGGGUUAGUCAGCCUCUGUGGUGGUGCCUCGAAGCUGGCAUGAGUCACAUGCAGGUGGAAGCAGGAGAGCUCUGAGCUCUGACUCAUCUCACCCAGUGGUGCCACCUCCUCCUCAUCCUGCUUCUAGGAGAUGCCAGAGGGCGGUUGGACUGGGAAGCUGCAGGGUCCCCCCAGUGCUGCCCAGUGCCUGCUGACAUGGAUGGUGUGUGAUGACAGCGGGCUUGGAGCUGGGGUCUGGUACCUUCAUCUGGGCUGGGAGGGUCCUCCUCAUGAAGGGCUGGGAAGGGGGUCACUGUCCCUUUUCAUGGGCCACAGAGAGGUGUCCUAGGUAGGUUUUUGGGGGUCCUUCCUGUCUCCCUUGAAUUAUCCUUCCACUCUUUGCAGCUAGAGCAGUGUCUCCCAUGCAGGGCUUGUUGUUCCUUGCUGUGAGGUGGCCCUGUCAUGUCUGUGACCUGUCACCCUUCAGGCAGGUGUUACCCACCCUGUCACUUCAGCAAAACCUCGCUGGCUCCAGGUUUUGGAAUGUUUUUGGAAUAUAACUGGAUUUUGCUCUCUCCAGCUGCCUGAGAGGAGGUUGGAGUGAGGUGGGGGUUGGGCUCUUCCACAUAACUGGUGAUAGGAUGAGAGGAAACGGCCUCAAGUUGCCCAGGGGAGGUUCAGAAUGGAUAUUAGGAACAAUUUCUUCCCCCAAAGGGUUGUCAGGCCCUGACCCAGGCUGCCCAGGGCAGUGCUGGGGUCACCAUCCCUGGAGAUGUUGAAAAAACAUGUGGAUGUGGCACUUGAGGACAUGGUUUAGUUGGUGGGGUGGGGUUGGGUUGGACUUGAUGAUCUCAGAGGUCUUUUCCCACCUUGAUGCUUCCAUGAUUCUAUGAUUUCUCCCUGUCUGCAGAUCUGGGGCUGCCCUGAUCUGCCUGCCUGUUCUGCCCUGGUACUGCCAUCCCAUCCCUGCUCUGGGACAGUCAAGUGGUGGUGGGAGCUGUUGGGAUGGCCACAAAUGGUUCCAAAGCAUCAGGGUAGGGGCUGGAGUCACACAGGUCCAGUUGUAGAGUGUCAGCAGUGCUAAUGCCCUGGAGAUGUUGUACAAACCCCUCAGAGCUGUUAGAGGUGCCUUAAAUCCAACAGGAAAAAGCUGCUUGUCAGGUUUCCUUGUGCUGGGUGGGUGAUGUGGGGCCUUCUGGGAAGGACCUCUCAGGGAAGGUGGUGCUGGAGAGCUCAGCAUGGCCUUUCCACCCCGGAUUGGUGCCUGUGCCACCGAGGUGUGGUGCCAGCAAGAUCUUCAGUGGUCACUCACAGCUCCAGGGAGCUCUGGCUCCACUGGCCACAGGUCAGGAGACAACUGUGGUGGGAGAAGACUUGAGUUUUCUGUGCAGAGGGAAAAAGGAAAUUUCCAAGGAUGUGCUUCAGAUCCCAAAGCUGGGAUGGGCCAUGACCACUGUGGAGGACACCUGAGGACAAACAGUAUGUGGAGCAGGGGUGGGAUUCUAAAUCCUUUGCCAAGUUUUGCAUAUUAUGAUGAAAACUCUGGGUCCUUUGCAGGCUGCCCUGUCUCUGAGUGGCCAUCCCACCAUAGCCCAGGCUUUCUUCCAUCCCACCAUAGCCCAGGCUUUCUUCCAUCACCAUUCACAGUCAGCACAGAAUUACUCACAAUUGGAUGUUUUUCUGUGAACUUCUUCAGCUUCUUUUAUUCCUCAUGGGGUUUUUCCUGGUUCAUCACCAGGAGCUGUGUCUGAGAUGUGAUUUCUGACAAAUCCCAGAAUCCUAGACUGGUUUGGGUUGGAAGGGACCUUAAAGAUCAUCUAGAUCCAACCCCUGCAUGGGCAGGGACACCUCCCACCAGCCCAGGCUGCUCCAAGCCCCAUCCAACCUGCCCUUCAACACUGCCAGGGAUGGGGCAGCCACAGCUUCCCUGGGCAACCUGGGCUAGUGCCUGAACCAGGCAGGUUGCCAUGUUUUGCUUCAUGAACAGUUGGGUUCCCCUCUUGUUUCUCCAAACAGCUCUGCCCCAGCAGCUGCUCCAAGAUGUGUACCAACUGGAAAAUGGUUCCUCAAAGAGGGCAGGAUGCUCUCUCAGGGGGCUUCUGCUUUUGAGCCAUCACUCCUAAGAGUCUUCUGCGUGUUCCAAGCAUCCCAGCCAGACACUGUGACCUCUCUUCACUCCUGGAUGCUUUUCAUGGCUCUCCCCGGACUAUUUUGCAUGUUUAGCCUUAAAAACAGAUAUUUUGCUUGUGUCAGGAGCCUGAUGAACUGAGCCAAGUCCUCUGGAACUCAACACCCUUUAAGCACUGGUCCAUCAUAUGAUCUUUAAGGGCUUUGCUAACCAAAAUUAUUAUAUAGAUUGGACAUUAGGGAAAAUUGCUUCAUGGCAAGGGUUGUCAGGCCCUGGAGUCCCCAUCCCUGGAGGGGUUUCAAAGCCCUGUAGAUGUGGUGCUGAGGGACAUGGGGCAGGGGUGGCCUUGGCAGUUGGACUCAGUGAUCAGCUCAAGACCAAUUCCUGGGCUGCUUUUCUCCUUGCAGUCGUGGCCCAUUUUCAGCUGGAUCUGGGGUGGGGACAGUCAGGGGGCUCUAAUUCUGAGCAGCAGUUGAGGUGCCUCAGUCUGUCCUCUGCAAAGCUCUUCCCUGUCAAUGAUCUCCAUCAGCUGCCCUUGGCUACACCCCCAGGAACAUCUCAGCUCUUCUUUUAUCUCAAGUCUCAGGAGUUUCCACUUUCCAGCAGUGCCUUGUUUGGGGAUUUUAGAAGUUAAAGUCUCUUGAAAUGUUUCUUGUUUGGUUUGUUUUUUUUUCCCUCCUUCCCUGGAUUUUAAUGGUGGUUCCUAAUUUGGCUGGUGGUGGUUUUUGGAAGAGUUCCCCUGGUGCAGAACUGGCCAGGAGGGGGCAGGUAACAGCUGCACGUUCCAGGCCAUUGCUGAGCUGGGCCCCAGACCCCCAAGUCCCUUAUUUUUCCAGACUCUUGUUCAGGCAACGGAAACAAAGCUGGAAUGACCCCUAGUGGUAAAUCCUGGUGUGUCCGUGUCCCAGCACAGCCCUCUUUGGGUCACCUUCCCACUGCUUCUGGCUGAGAUGUUCUUACCAAGAAGAAUCUGGGGCUGGGGUGCUGAGUGCUGGUCCUGGCCCAGACCUGCAGCUCUGGAUGUUCCCCAGCUUGCCCAAGGUGGCCUCAUGUUCUCCUCUCCUGAGCCCAAAGAGCAGCUUUGUCAGCCCAGGAUGAGUGUGAGUCCCUGUGCAGCCACUGGAAGGGACGUUCAAUGCUGGGGAAAAGACAAGUGUGGUCACCCCACCAGUGUGUCCAGGAGAUGCUCAGCAGCACCCUGGGCACGUCUUGGGGGGCACUAGGAAAGAGAAAAGCCCAAAGGUGCUGAGGCUGGAACCAGUAGGUUUGGGACUUACAUGUUGGCCAGGGCAGCUGUGGCUGCCCCAUCCCUGGCAGUGUUGAAGGGCAGGUUGGAUGGGGCUUGGAGCAGCCUGGGCUGGUGGGAGGUGUCCCUGCCCAUGCAGGGGGUGG